AUGGCGCAGAAUAGCUCUGCCAAUGGCGCAGAAUCCCUUGCCGUAGCAGCGGCCUCGACAGCAGGGCCGUCCGUCCAGCCGGCGGUGGUGCUGUCUUUUGCCGGCCGCCUGAAGGAGUACGCUGCGGGGGUCGUGAGACAGGGGAAGCCGUGGUCGGAGGUGGUCGAUCGUACUGCGUUCUCGAGACCGCAGAACCUGGCAGAGGCCACAUCUCGACUGAAAAAGAAUGUUGCCUACUUUCGAAUCAACUACCUUAUUAUUGUCAUCAUGGCGAUAACGGUCUGCAUGCUGAUGAACCCAGGGUCGUUAAUGGUGUUGUGCACACUGCUGGUGGCUUGGAUUUAUGUGUUUGUCAUCCGCACCACCCCACUGGUUAUUGCCAAUCAACCUUUAAGUGAUGAAAUGAAGCUGAUGGGAAUGGCGGUAAUAUCAUUCAUCGUCAUAUUCUUCCUCACAAGCGUUGGUGCUGUGGUGUUUGGUGCUCUGUCCAUUGGUUUCUGCCUCAUCGCCUUGCAUGGAGCAACAAGGGUGCCAGAUGACCUAUUCUUGGACGACACAGAGGUCAACCAGAACCUCAUGUCCAUUUUAAUGGGUGGCAAGCAGAUGCCUUCCUUGUCAUCAAACGUUUGA